CGCAGUGGUCAUCACAGGUGAUAGUCUUGUGCACCCAAUCCACUGAUCACACCAUUUGUUUACUCAUUGAUAAUCCAAACAAUAACUUGCGAUUCAGUGAUAUUUAGCCACCGAUGGUCUGGUGAUAGUAUCGGCACGUGAUUCACGCAACCACUCAUUCACCUCAAGACAAACCAAUUGAUUAUCACCAGUAAUAGUGUAUGUUAUGUGUUGGUGACCAUCACCACCAACUGAUCCCUAGCUAUGGAAGACUACAAGUUCUUGUUUAAGAUCGUAUUGAUUGGCAACGCGGGUGUCGGCAAGACAUGUCUGGUGCGGAGGUUCACACAAGGUGUAUUCCCCGGAGGACAGGGCGCCACCAUUGGAGUCGACUUCAUGAUUAAGACACUACUAAUUAAUGGUACUAUCAUUCGUAUGUUCACUACCCGUCCACCCGAUCCCUAUCCCAACCCUGAGUUCGUAAUGAGCUUCAAAAUGUUUUGA